AAUAUUGGCAUCGUCAUCCCACGGAAUGGGGACUAUCGCUAAUUGGGACGAUUUUUUCAUUGAGAAAAACCCUUAUUUAACUUUACGAGACUCGCACAAUAGAAGGAAGAUCGCCGCUCUUUUUAAAGAACUAAAGGAAGAAGAGCGUCCGGAUUUGAGUAUUCGUGACUUGCACAGCGUUGUACUACGCCUCACCCGCUGGCAUGGGGUCAUCCCGAACUUGACUUCACAUGUGCUACGCCUCACCCGCUGGCAUGGGGAAGAAGAUCGUCCGGACUUGAGUUAUGCUGCUACGCCUCACCCGUUGGCAUGGGGAAGAAGAGCGUCCGGACUUGAGUAUCGCGACGGAAAAAGUCAAAAAAAUUGUUUGGACGGUGAGGAACUUCUUAUCGAUGUUGGCAAAUUUCCUGCUUUGCUCGAUUACUGUCAGGUUCUUGAGGAAUUUCAAGAAAGCCACGUUGAUGAGGUGUCUCAAUCCGGUAGGCACCUCUCAAAGCUCAUAAGGGAAUAUCGUGAUGAUAGAUUUUCACACAUAAUCAACGCCAUAGAAGUGUUGGCAAAUAAUGGAAGAAUUGGAGAAGUAGUUUCCGGAUACUCCAACAGCGCUGACAGCAAUCAUGUCGGUAGUUCUUUACAAUCAAAUGCCAUGUCGCGGGCCCGGGAGCCAACCCACAUCAAAUCACAAAUGUGGUCACGAAUAUUUUCGGAUUCGUUCAUCCUGAACGAAGUUCGUUUCGAACCAGUGUGUGAGCUUCACCACCUUAUUCCUGGAAAUGGCAGCGAGGGGUCAGCAAGGUCCGACUUUGCAGCUGUAGUAAUGAAUGAAAAGCAAGGUCAAUUCCCUUUCUUAAUCGCAGAAUUUGAACAACAAGGUUUCGAAGUUCACAAGGACUUCGCGGUUGUCGUUUGCGAAGCCGUAUAUGAAUUAAACAGGAUCCUAUCGAUGACGCGAAAUCUCUCACCUGCUGAAGUACUCCAGAUCAAGGUAUACGUCGCUCUUGCUAACGACACAUCAAUCAAUUUCGGUAUAAUAAGACCUAUAUACAACGGUCAGGAGACAGCGAUUCUUUACGCAUACGAUCAGAACGUUGUAUACUAUGACCUUCGAACAGGAAAUCAACAGAACGAUCUGAAGAACGCCCUUGACCUAAUCGUGUAUCUUCGGGAAGUUGUGUGCAAGGAUGGAUUAAUCAUCAAGAACUUCCUGACCGGAUGGUCAGCUCAUCGCAAUCAAAGUAUUUUAUGGAUCCUACCAAAACUUCCGACGAAAGCAGAAAAAUCCAGAGAAACGGACACCAAGUAUACGCCUAAGAAAAGGCGAAUAAGAUACGUGUACCAAGGAGUCGGUUUUAAGUGCAGCUAG